AUGGAUGGUCUAUCUCUACCUAAGGAUGCUCUUUUUCUUGGAUUUGAUAGCUCCACACAGUCUUUAAAGGCAACUGUGCUGGAUUCUAGUCUCAACAUUGUGAGUUCAGAGAUUGUGCAUUUUGAUUCUGAGCUACCACAUUACAAAACCAAAGAUGGUGUAUACAGAGACCCAUCAAUUAAUGGUAGAAUUGUUUCUCCUACCUUAAUGUGGGUUGACGCAUUAGACCUAAUUCUUAAAAGACUCAAAGAUUCAAAGAAAUUUGAUUUCAAGAAGCUUGCUGCUGUUUCGGGCAGCGGGCAGCAACAUGGUAGUGUGUAUUGGAAGAAGGGCAGUUCCAAAAGUUUAUCAUCUCUGGAUCCUAAGAAGCCUUUGGUUGAUCAAUUUGGGGAAGCAUUUUCUACAAAAGAAUCCCCAAUUUGGAUGGAUAGCAGCACAACCCAACAAUCCCAUGAAAGGUACACGGGCCCACAAAUUAAAAGGAUAUUUGAGAUGCAACCUCAAGUUUAUAACAACACUGAAAGGGUCUCACUCGUGAGCUCAUUCAUGGCAUCACUUCUGAUUGGAGGGUAUGCUUGCAUUGAUCAUACUGAUGGUGCUGGGAUGAACUUGAUGGACAUUAAAGACAGAACUUGGUCAAAAAAGGCUUUGGAGGCCACGGCUCCUGGUUUAGAGGAAAAACUUGGGAAGUUGGCUCCUGCUCAUGCUGUUGCUGGUUUAAUUGCCCCGUACUUUGUUGAUAGGUUCCAAUUCAACAAGGAGUGUUUAGUUGUUCAAUGGUCUGGAGAUAAUCCAAAUAGCUUGGCAGGAUUGACCCUCAACACACCAGGGGAUUUGGCUAUCAGCCUUGGCACCAGUGAUACUGUAUUUGGAAUAACCAUGGAUCAUAACCCAAGCCUAGAAGGGCAUGUUUUUCCAAACCCUGUUGAUACAAAAGGUUAUAUGGUGAUGUUAUGCUACAAAAACGGGUCUCUAACUCGUGAAGAUAUUCGUGAUCGGUGUGCGGAUAAAUCUUGGGAUGUUUUUAAUCAGUCCCUGAAGCAAGCACCCCCCUUAAACGGUGGAAAGAUUGGUUUUUACUACAAGGAUCAUGAGAUACUUCCUCCCCUCCCAAUCGGUUAUCAUCGAUAUAUCCUUGAGAAUUUCAAAGGCGACAGCUUGGAUGGCGUAAGUGAACGUGAAGUGAAGGAGUUUGAUCCUCCUUCUGAGAUCCGAGCAUUAAUCGAAGGACAAUUUGUGUCAAUGAGAGGGCAUGCAGAACGAUUCGGGAUGCCAUCCCCUCCAAAACGCAUAAUCGCAACAGGCGGGGCCUCUGCAAAUCAUACCAUUUUGACCUCCAUAGCUUCCAUUUUUGGCUCCAAUGUCUACACAGUACAAAGACCAGAUUCAGCAUCAUUAGGGGCUGCAUUAAGGGCGGCUCAUGGUUGGGUAUGCGAGAACAAGGGAAGUUUUGUGCCGAUUUCUUACUUGUAUAAAGACAAGUUAGAGAAAACGGCCUUUGGAUGUAAAGCUGUUGCAACAAUAACAGCUCAAGACAAUGAACUUGUGGCAAAAUAUGCACUUUUCAUGAAGAAACGAAUGGAGAUUGAGAAUCGGCUUGUUCAGAGAUUGGGACGUUAAUAAGAAACGGCUUGUAUAGUGAUUAUUGUUAAGGGGAUGUGUUCGUAUAGUGUCUUGAAAUCGUUUUUAAACAACUCGACUCUGACUUUAAUAUGAGAAUGUGGUUUAAAAGUGGGGAUAUAUUCACAAAAAUGGCCAUUAGAAAUGAGAUUAUAUAUGAUUAUG